GCUGCUCUUUUGCCCUAGAGUAAGUCUUCCGGUUCCGUCUUCUGCUUCCUGGAGUGGGCGCGAUGGAGUCGGUGCUCAGCGAAGUGGUGGCGUUGGAGGACCUACAGAGAUUUGAGAAGAAGUUCAACGCGGAGCUGAAAGCGGGCAAUGUCUCCAAAGGGACCAAGUUUGAGUACGCCUGGUGCCUGGUCCGCAGCAAAUACAGCGAGGACAUCAAGAAGGGCGUUGUACUCUUGGAAGAUCUGUUGCCCAAAGGGAACAAAGAAGAGCAGCGUGACUACAUCUUCUAUCUCUCGGUGGCCAAUUACCGGCUGAAGGAAUACGAGAAAGCUCUGAAGUAUAUCCGGGGACUGCUGAAGACAGAGCCGAGCAACACGCAAGCCUUGGAGCUGGAGAAACUCAUUAACAAGGCCAUGCAGAAAGAUGGCCUGGUUGGCAUGGCGAUCGUGGGCGGCGUGGCGCUGGGUGCAGCCGGCCUGGCCGGCCUCAUCGGCCUGGCCAUUGCCAAGUCAAAAUCCUAACGUGGCUCGGUUCAGGUUGGCCUCCCUUCCCUCUCAACCGGUGCGGCCUGGAAGCUGGCAGUCUCAGCUCUUCAGAGAGGCUGAGGGAUGAUUAAAAACUCGCUCGAAAGCCACUAAUCUGACUGAUUCCCGGGUCCCUUCCUCCUGACUGUCUGCCGCACUCGUGGGGUGGGGUGGGGGCGAAAUGGCAGUUCGACGUUGAUAGAUAUGCCAAAUAGAAAUAGGGGUGUGUCUGUGGGGUCCCCUUAGGUCUUAGAACUCAAGCUUCCUGUUGUGUCCUCGAAGUUUAGGUCCCUUGCCAGAGCCCAUCCCGCGUCAGUGAGGAGGCGCCUUAGCUUCCCUCUGCUGCCAUCCUUUGCAAACUCAACGCUUUUUGCAGCCGCCAAGGGGCUUGGAAGUUCCUGCCGCCCGAGACGGAGCCUGCUGCAUAGUCGGGAAUUGAAUGCAUUUGGUCAAGGCCAAAGAGGGCUCAUCUCUUCCAAGGAGCCAGGAGAUCCUCCUCCAUCCUUGUCACAUGGGACUUCGCCUUAUAAUCCCCACAACUGAAUGCCGGGAGAAGAGGUCUCCAGUGCGGGGUCUUUCCUUCACUCACAGGCGGCAUUUCCUUUUGCACGUCCCCUCCUCUGUCUCAGCCUCCACGUGCACAGCACAGACGCCCAGUUUGCAAGUGUGCACACGUCUGCACGCGCUCACCUCCACCUUCCCAAUGCUACCUUGGUGCUUGGUACCUUUGCUUUUCCUCCUCACAACUUGCUAUGCAGGCUCUUAUUUAAGUUUUCCUGCCCCCCCCCCCCUUUUAUUUUGCGGAGCUGAAAGGACAGGGUGACGGCAGUGUGAGAAUGUGUUGCCCCUGCCUCUUCCUUUACUGGGAACGGAGGGCCUCUUGGAUAGGUGGGGGGCACCGUAGAAGGGAAGGACGCUGAAGUGGCCUUGCAUUUUUGCGCACCUGUUUCUGAGUUGACGUUGCAGUGGGGGGGGGGGGGGAAUGGGCGUUCACAGACCGUAAGGUUGGAAACACCAAGUCUUCUCCGUUUUCUAGUAACUUAAUCUGCUCAUCUAACAAGCGCUUUUAUAUUGUUCUCUAGCCUCUUUGACUGGUGAGAGGCAGGAAUGUGAAUAAAACAAAAAAAAUUAAUAUACAGA